AUGGAUCCCCUGAGCAUCACCACCGGCGUCGUCGGCCUCGCAACCCUCGCCUACCAGAUCAUCGGAUACCUCGGGACAGUUCGCGCUGGUGGGAAGGACCGGCUGGCCCUGUGCAAUGAAGUCACCUACCUCUGGAUGUCCAUCACCUCGCUCCUCGAGCAGCUCUCCUCCGACGCCGUCAAGGACGAUAAAAUCCCCGACUCCCUACUCCCGCUCUUCGAACCCGAUGGCAUUCUAAAGGAUAUUAAGAUCCAGCUCGAGGAUCUAGAGGGGAAGAUCAAGGCGCGCUCGUCGCGGAGCAAGAUCGCGCAGACGCUCGCUUGGCCGUUUACGCAGAAGGAUGCGGAGCGUAUGAUUCAACGGAUUGGCCGGUUGAAGGCGACGCUGCAGGAUGGGAUUAACCAGUCGACGCAUGCGCUUUCGCAGGAUAUUUAUCGGGAUACGCAGAGUCUGAAGAAUGCGGUUGAUGAGACGAGGCUGAAGGAGCUGAUUGACUGGAUUUCGCCGCUGAAUUUUGUCGCGAAGCAGAGUAUGAUUUGGAAUGAGCACCAUAAGGGGACUUGCAAGUGGUUUUUGGAUCGAGAUGACUUUCGUGAGUGGAGGGAGGGCGAGAAUACGCGUCUCUUCUGUCCGGGGAUUCCGGGGGCUGGGAAGACGUUUCUGUCGUCGAUUGUAUACAGCGAGCUGGAGCGUCUGCGGGUGCGCGAGGAGGGCGGCCUCAAGGGUGCUGCUGUGGUUAUGCUGUACUGCAAAUGGGAUGAUCCGCUGUCGCAGGAUGUCGAUAACCUGCUGUCUAGCAUCAUCAAGCAGUUCGUCCAGCGAUAUAACGUCGGGGUGAGCGAGAUGAUGGGCCUGUUCACCAAGCACGGCAAGGAAGGGACAAGGCCUUCACGAGACCAGCUGCAGUCCACCCUCCAGCUCCUCAUCGGGCGCUUUACAAAGGUAUUCGUCGUUCUUGAUGGACUGGACGAGUUGCGCAAUGAAAAGGAACGACUCCCUCUGUUGAAGUUUCUAUCUCCAUGGAGCACUGCAUCGUCCCCCAGUACAACCACCAUCAACCUGAUGGUCACAUCGCGCCCUCUGCCCAACAUCGUCCGGCACUUCCGACCCUUACACGACUCUAAAAGUACCAUCUACUGCGAUAUAUGUGGUGAACCGAAGAUACCAAUGCAGCACCACUGCGCCGAGUGCGAGGAAAGCUACGACCUGUGCCCAUCGUGCUUCGACAGCAACACCAAGCGCUGUGGAUAUAAAGCGCACACAUACCACCUCGAGUUCAACGCCCGAGUCAUCCCCAUCGCUGCAGUCGAAGAGGACUUGACGACCUACGUCUGCUGGCGAACAAGCGCCUCCGACUUUCUGCAGCAGUGCGUGGAAAUCAAAGAAGGCCUGAUGGAUCGCAUCCUCGACACGGUCGUCAAGAACAACGGCGGGAUGUUCCUGCUGGCCAAGUUCAACAUGGACACGCUCGAGUCGAAGCUCAACAUCAAACAGCUCAUGGCAGCACUCAAGACCCUGCCCCAGGAACUGGACGGGACGUAUGCAGACGCCAUGAUGCGCAUCACCGAGCUCCCCCCGUCGACCAAGGACACCGUCCUGCAGUUCCUUUGUUGGGUUGUCUUCGCAGAGCAGCCGCUGCAUGAGAAAGCCAUUGAGCACGCUCUCGCUGUGGAUGAGGGCGAGGCAGACAUCGACGACGACAGUAUCAUCCGCGCGAGGACGCUGGCGAACAAGUGCGCUGGGCUCGUGCAGUUUGACGAAUCCGACUGUCUUCGACUGGUCCACUACUCGGCCGAGGGCUUCUUCAGGCAGAACCGCGAUACGUGGUUCCCUGAUGGAAAUACAAAGAUCACUUCAACCUGCUUGACGUAUCUCCGGUUCGAUGUCUUCCGCGCCGGCGCUUGCUCUGGUGCAUCGGAGGCUGACGACUUUGAGGACCGUCUAGUCAAGUAUCCCUUCCUGCGGUAUGCAUCUAUCAACUGGGGAUAUCACCUCCGUGCGACGGAGAGCGAUGCCCUGUUCAAUCGGGCUCUUGAGCUCCUAGUCGACCCUGCAUGUCUGGCCUCUGUAACGCAGGCCUUGUGGUAUCUCGAGGACCAGCAACGCUCCAUGAGCUGGUCUGCAAAAGAGGGCUCUGCAAUCCAUCUGGCCGCGCACUUCAAUCUAGAGAGCCUGGUACACAAGCUCUCCAAGAAGGGGCACGAUCCCAAUCUCACAGAUAUCAAAGGGUCCACCCCUCUGGCACUGGCAGCCCGACGUGCCAACAUCGAGGUGGUGACAGCUCUGAUCAAGGCCGGUGCAUCGGUCAAUCCAGUCGACAACGCCGGUCGUUCUCCCUUGCACUGGUCCAUCUAUGAAGGCCACUUCGCCGUCUUCAAGUUCCUCAUGGAGCAAAAAGGCAUCGACGUCAACAUCUCAGACGCUCGCUGGUCCCACUACACCCCGUUAAUGGUCGCCGCAGCCAGCGGCUACACAGACUACACAGCCCUCCUCCUCGCAUCCAACUCCAUCGACGUGAACAAGCAAUGCACCAGCCCAGCCGGCGGAACAGCCCUAACUCUCGCCUCCUAUCGCGGCCAAACCGACGCCGUCAAACUCCUCCUCGCCCACCCCUCCAUCGACAUCAACCACAAAGACCACAGCGGCGACACAGCCCUCACCAGCGCCGCGCAGGGCGGGUACUACGACCUCGUCGAAGCCCUCCUCGACCACGGCGCCGACACCGAAGCCCGCCAGGAAGGCACCGACGGCACGGCCAUCAUGCGCGCCAUCGACGGAGGCCGCACGUCCAUCGUACAGCUCCUCAUCGCGCGCGGCGCAAACGUCCACGUCGUCGACGUCUUCAACCGCGGCCUGCUCCACUCAGCAGCCGUGAACCGCCGCGCCGAGAUCCUGCGCUUGCUUCUCUCCCACGAUCCAACGUUAGAUGUGAACAUGCGCGACGCACACGGGAAAACAACCCUACACGAUAUCGCGCGCAUGGGCGACCUCGAAACCGUCGAUGUCCUCCUCGAGCAUGGAGGCGAUCCCACCGUGAAGGAUAACUACGGCCGGACUCCGAUCCGCGUCGCGCAUGAGUCGCACCACCCUGCGAUCCUGGAGAUGUUCCGGGCUGCGCGCGCGAGACGGAAAGCCGAGGGGAUCAUAUCGGGCAGCGAGCCGCUUCGCACGGAUAGCGGGACUGUGCUUGACGAGGUGAAGCGCUCGGACACGGGCCUGUCAAUUCCUGGGACUUUACCGCUCUGGUCGCUUGUUGUGUCGAAGCAGAUGAAUGAGUUGAAGGAGAGACUGCCUGAGGCGUCCAAGGACGAGAUUAACAGCACAGAGCCGGAUAUGGGGCAGGCGGCGCUGCAUUGGGCGAUUGGCGAUAGUGAUGUCGAGACAGCGAGGCUGCUGAUUAAACACGGGGCGGAUAUCGAUCUGCAGAAUCGGUACGGGCGCACUCCGCUGCAUUUGUCGAUUAUGGCGGAGAGCUGGGAGACGACGAGGGUUCUGCUUGAGGCGGGCGCGGACCCGAAUAUCGACGACUACUGGGGGGCACCGCCGCUGUCUAUGUCUGAUAAUCCUGUUUGUCUUCUUCUGAUUGAGAACGGGGCAAGGCUGGACCGGGCUCGUAUGGAUUUGGGCUAUUAUCUGGGAUAUGCGGCGCAGGCGGGUUGGGAGACUUCGAUUCGGCGGCUGAUUUCUGCGGGUGCCGAUGUCUGGAGUAAGGACAGGACGGGCAGGACGCCGUAUAUGAUUGCGAAGGAGAAUGGGCAGCUUGAGAUGGCGAAUUUGAUCUUGCAGCUUGCGCCGAAGCAGGAGGUUUCUCAUAACCAAGACACGGAUGAGAAGGAGAAUGGCCAUUCCGGACAUGGCAAGCUCAAUGGUUCGACUGCGCCGGUGGCUAUAAAUAUUAAAUCGAGCAGUCCGGUGUUUGGACGGCAUCUAUAUACCCUUUUGUUGGUUUUGGUACUGAUUACAGCGACGACAUUGGCACGGCUAUAUUAA